AUGUCAAAGAAGUAUGCAAAAAACAUUGAGAAACAAUUAAUAGACAUUGUUAAUUCAUCUGCUAAUGAUAAUAAAUGUGGUGAAUGUGGCACUAAAUAUCCAACUUGGGCUUCUUAUAAUUUAGGUAUAUUUUUAUGUGGUCGUUGUUCAUCAGUACAUAAACGAAUAUUAGGUCCACCAAAUUAUAACAUUUCAAAAGUUAAAUCAUUAACAUUGGAUAAUUGGUCAGAUGAACAAAUUUCUCAUUUAAGAAAAAUUGGUAAUAAAAAAGCAAAAAGGAAAUGGAAUUCAAAAAGAGUUCCAUUCCCAUUUGAUGGAGAUGAUAAUAUUUCAGUUGUAGAACAAUAUAUUAGAGAUAAAUAUAUAUUGGGAAAAUUUAGAGAUGAUAAUAUUGAAAAUGAUGAUUAUGAAACUGAUAGACUAUCAAAAUAUUCAAAUGAUUCAAGACUGAGGAGUAGAUCAAGAUCAAAUUCAAAUUUUGGAGCUGGUGCUAUUCCAAAAUUAACUCAUAGGAAAUUAACAACUUAUGAGUAUACACAAUAUCAAACUCAAGUAAAUAAAAUUAAAUCGUUAGGAUUUACUGAUUAUGAUGCAAUAUUGGAAAGUUUAUUAUUAUCUAAUGGUGUAAUAGAUAAAGCAAUUGAUAUAUUGGAACAAGAUCAAAGAAUAAAUCCAACAAAGGAAGAAACUGCUCCUGAAUUACCUAAAAGAAGACCACAAACUCAAUCUCAACUGACGUCAUCUUCCAAUUUAUUAGAUCCAAAACCAAGUGGAGAUUGGUGGAACUCAAAUGGAAUCAAUAAUGCACAAGCUACUCAAUCACAACAAUUUCCAGCUCAAACUGGUCAACCUCAAAUUUAUCAAUAUACUGAUCCUAUAACUGGUGCAAUUUUAUAUGUUGAUUCAAGUGGUCAAGAAUAUUUAGAUCCAAAUAAUCCUCAACAUCAACAACAAUUAUAUAAUAUGCAAAAUCCACAAUUGAUACAACAACAAACUAAUAAAGCAAAUAUAAUGUCGUUAUAUAAUCAACCUACAAAUCAACAACAACUAUCUCCACAAAGAGCUCAAUCAGCUCCUCAAAUACCACAACAAACUACAGCUGCACAAUUUGGAUUUCAACAACAACCACAACAAACUGGAUUUCCAAUGCAACAACAACAACAACCUCAAUUUACAGGGUUUGGUCAACCUCAACAACAACAAUUUCAACAACAAUACCCAAAUCAACAAGGUUAUUACAGAUGA